AUGUCAUCCAACUCCUUUGAACCAUCUGACGUAGAUGCUGAAGUUGUCCGUAGCGAUCUCAAAUUACGUCUCAAUUAUCUUAAGCAAAGUCUUCAGUCUCAAGAACGAAGGUAUGAAAGCACUAAGCAACAAAUAUGUGCAGUUGAGCAAGAACUCAAAGCUCUACAACACCCACGACAAACCGGAGAAGCAGAAGUAGUCGAUACAGGACCGCACGAUGCCCUCAGUCAGGCCACAGUCUCUGCUCCAUUGAAGGCUGACUUACCAUCCGUUCCUAACAACCAAGACACACCGGAAGAUGUCAAGCAUCAUAUCGAAGUGCGAGAUGAAGAAGUAGCUAAAUGCAUACGAUGUCUACGCAGUAUUGGGCUGCAGCCUGAGCAACUUGAGCUCGCUCAUGCGACUCCCUCCUACUCGCAGAAUUCAAAGCCACUGAGUGCUGAGGAGCAGUGGACAAUGAUGGAGUUCUUCCUUAAUAAACAUUGGGAACAACAGUAUCAUGUUCGCGGGCUUGUGAAUAGAUUCAAAUUCUUGAGAGAUUCAGGGCGGACCAAAGAAGCGAGCGCAGCUAAGGAAAAACUGGAGCAUGCUCAAGGUUCCGUAGCUUGGAAUUUGGCGGAAAUCAUGGACCUUACAGGAAUAGAGUUGCGAAGAAUUUAUAAGGGGCUUCUUCAGUGCCAGUAUGCUCAAGAUGAAAAUCAAGAGAAGUUGGAUGACUGCGCUCGUCAGAGAUCUCUGAUGCAAAAUCUUUUCGUUCCGCUUGAAGAAGAAAAAUAA